UCUCUCGGGUGUUGGCAGAAUCCGUUUUUCCAGUUCAAGUUGGGAUUGGCCAGCGGUUACUCGAGUAACGGAUCCGAAGAGUUCUUGUGUAUUUCACAAUAAUCCAAUUGUAGAGCAUAAUUAUGGCAGCCCAUCAGUACUACCACGUGCAGUGCACCCCGACAGUCUACCCGGCGGAGCCAUUUGACCCAGAAAAUGACGCCCAAAUGCUGCGUACCGCAAUGAAGGGCUUCGGAACCGACGAGCAGACAAUUAUCGACGUCCUGGCACAUCGUGGAAUAGUCCAGCGUCUGGAGAUUGCCGAUCAAUUCAAGACAAUGUUCGGUAAAGACUUGAUAUCCGACCUGAAGUCCGAACUCGGUGGAAAUUUUGAGAAUGCCAUAGUCGCCCUGAUGACACCCCUUCCUGAAUUUUUCGCUCGCGAGAUCCACAACGCAAUAUCUGGAAUGGGAACCGACGAGGAGACCAUCAUCGAGGUUCUCGCCUCCCUCAGCAAUUAUGGAAUCAAAACCAUUUCAGCUGUUUACAAAGACCUAUUCGAAAAUGACCUGGAGGAAGAUCUCAAAGGAGACACUUCUGGACACUUCAAGCGUCUGCUCGUGUCGCUGUCAACUGCAAAUCGAGAUGAAGAUCCUGAUGUGGAUGAGAGAGCAGCACUCGAGGAAGCUGAGAGGCUGUUCCAGGCUGGCGAGGGCCAAUGGGGAACUGACGAGAGCACCUUCAACGCUAUCUUGAUAACCAAGAGUUUUCCCCAGCUUCGCAGAAUUUUUUACGAGUACGAGAGGAUCUCCGGGAAUAGUCUUGAGGACGCCAUCAGGAGGGAAUUCUCUGGCUCCCUCGAGGAUGGAUAUCUUGCAGUUGUGAAAUGCGCCAGAGACAAGACCGCGUAUUUCGCGGAGAGACUGCAUAAGGCGAUGUCAGGAAUGGGCACCAAUGACUCCACCCUGAUCCGAAUAAUCGUCUCUCGUUCUGAGAUCGAUCUGGGGGACAUCAAAGAAGUCUACCAGAGAAUCUACGGAAAUUCUCUCGCUGCAGGCAUCGACAGUGACACGUCUGGUGACUACAAGAGACUCUUGCUUGCUUUGACUGGCCAAUAAACAUCCACAUUACUAUUAUUUUCAUAUUCACGUUGUGUCUAAUCCUCUGAGAAUUUAUUUAUUCACUGAGCGACUGCAGCGAUGAUUUCAAAAGCCUUCUGUUAGGCUUGAUUCAUUAAAACGCAUUAAAUUACUUUAACGAGUUUGUGUAAUAAAAAGAAGAGGAAAUAGUUAAUUAAGAAUUCUAAUUUGCUGUUAUGUUGCCACUCACGCAUGCCGAAUAGAUUACUCGUGGGAUUGAUAACAGACAUUACAAUUUCCCGUAUAUUUUUUUAAUUAACUAAUGAGUGCGACUUAUCGACUCGGAUGUGUUUAUUUUCCAGGAUGAUUGUAAUGCCGCGUGUAAAAAACUCCUUAUCGCACUCCUCAACUGAAUGGAAGCUAUUAAAAUGAGAGAUCCAACAGACAGUAACAAAGCAUUUAUUAUAAAAUCAUCAACACAAAAUAUGAACUCAUUAAUUCGCUAUCUAAACAUUAAAAUUACUGAAUUCGACAGCACUCCUUUGAAAUUUCCUAAAUAUCUCGGCAUCCAAGCGAGCUAUCGAAAAUUUUGUAACGACCUUUUCUCUAGGUCUUAAUCAGCUUUACAAAAAAGGCUCCACGAAAAUUUUCGGUAUCCGCCCUAAAUUCCGAGAUUUCCACGGAAAACUGAUCAACAGCCAGAAUCGAUGUGAGUAACUCCCCGUGAAUUCAUGAUUAUCGAUCAAUAUCUCGGGAUUU